AUGAGAGGCUCGGAUGAGCCAGCGCCAGCGCCGACUGAGCUCAGAGCGGGCGUCGCGGAGGUGACCAAAGAGCUAGGGACCAACUUUGGGCCUGAAGAUGACGGUGCCGGAGGUGACGCAAAGGGAGUGCCGCGCGACGAUGAUGGCAGCGUUCACUAUGAUGGAGGUGUGCGGUACACGGGCCAGUGGCUGGGAGAAAUGCGCCACGGCUUUGGGCUGCUGGAGCGGGAGGGCAGCUGCUACGAGGGCCAGUUCCAGAACAACAUGGCGCACGGGAGCGGACGGCUGGUGUGCGGCGGGGACACCUACGACGGGGAGUGGCGGGAGGACAAAGCCCACGGCUUCGGGCGCCAUGUGCAGAAGGACGGGCCCAGCACCUUGGCGAAGCCACGGAGGUCGGCGCUACUGGAAGGGGACCCCUUGUCUCCCCUUAGCAAUCCAGAGGCUGGGAUGAACCAAGGGCAGCAGCGGCCAUGA